AUGAGUAAUGUGAGAAAGACAGACUGGAAAUGUCAAAAAUGCGAAGCUAGGUCAUCCAACUCGGCGUAUUUUUGUUACUCUGAGAAUGAUACCAGAGAUAAGAGUACACAAAAGCAAUUGAGAGACGAAAGUAAUGAUGACAGCAAUAGCAAGAGAUUUAAAAACUCAAUUUCCAACAACAAUGAUGAUGCAGGCUUGUCAAAACCUAGCGACAUGUCAGAAUUGAAGACAGGUAUGCUUGACUUACAGAACUGCAUUAAGCAGCUCACCAUGAGCGUCACAACAAUGAGCACGAAACUGGAACAACAAUCACAAGAUAUGAACAAAAUGAGUACAAAACUAGAACAAUACGCAGAAGGCAUGAAUAAACACGUUACAACACUAACAACACAAAUUUUGGAUCUGCAAGAGAGGAAUCGAAAAAGAGACGUACAGUAUGAUAUGCUUACUCAGAGAAUUGAGAAGCUAGAGCAGAAGGCUUUAAAUAAAAACAUAGAGAUUAGCAACAUACCAGAUAUGAGUAUUGAUGUGAGAGAGAUAAUAUCGAAAAUUACUGAGAAGACACAAGUGACUAUCAACAACAACGAUAUUGAUAAAACGAUUGACCGAAACAAUAUUACAUCUGACAAGCAAAUAGAUGACAUUUUAUCAAGUACUCAUAAAGAAUCUGGCGUCGCAGCUUUUGCAAAAUAUCAUUAUGCCUUAUUUUGUAUAAUCAGAGAAAGAUUCAAUUUUAAGGUGACAUUCCGAAAUGCGCGUGGGUGGGCUGGAACACUGGGAAAUUCAUCAUUCCGCCUUGGUUAUAUAGGAAUAAUGCAAAGGAACGAAGCAGAUAUCGGUGCUUCGGCAUCGUAUAACCGUUUAAAUCGGUUUGCCUACUUCGACGUUCUUCAUCAGGGCUGGAAACUCGAAGCUGCCUUUAUUUAUAGAUUAACGCCUAACAUUGGGUAUAAAAAUGCAAACGGUGAUUUUUUUACUCCAUUUGAAAAACGUGUGUGGUUUAUUAUGAUCGGCAUUUGUAUUAUUCUAACACUUUCGUGGAUAUGUAUUGAAUGUGCAAUGUCUUCUGAGGAGAAUAAAUUUCAAAUACUGUUUAUUGUUCCAAUCAAUGUUAUCGGUGCUAUGUGCCAGCAAGGACUGGAAUCAAGUCCUUUUGGAAUCUCAUCUCGUGUUAUAUCGCUUACAACUUUUGUAUUUUCGUUGUUAUAUUACAAUUAUUAUACAUCGUCAGUUGUAGGUGGUCUUCUGGGCAAUACCGUUGAAGGUCCUUCGACAGUUGAUGCCAUUGUUUCUAGCCAAUUGAAAGUAUCGUUUGAGGACAUUGGAUAUUAUAAAAUAUUAUUUCAGUACAACAAAAGCCAAGGAAUAAGGCAGCUUCUUGAAAAGAAGGUACUACCCUAUAGAGACCCGAAAGAUUUGCCAGUAUACACCAAUUUGGAAGAAGCUCUACCGUAUAUCAAGAAAGGAGGGUAUGCUUUUCAUUGUGAAGUCGUUGAUGCGUAUCCCGAAAUUGCAAAACAGUUUGAUGUUGCAGAAAUAUGUGAUUUGCGAGUAGUGUAUGGCCUUUUAGUAUCCGAACUAUUGAAUUUUGUCAUCCACAAAAACAGUCCAUAUACCGAACUUUUUCGCAUCGCAAUACGAAGGGCUGUUGAAGUUGGGCUUGAUAGGCAUAUCCUUAAGCAACUACAGCCGGAGAAACCUGUUUGUAGUAAUUUAUAUACAGUAUAUGCAGUUGACCUGACUGGUAUAACCAGUGCAUUAUAUUUUUUGGCAGGUGCCAUUCCAAGAUGGUGCCCCGCCGCACUAUCACAGGGACGUACGAGCUUACCUGGAUAA